GUUUAGUCUACGAAUUUUGUAAAGUUUAUCGUUAUUUGAUGUGACGGUUGUAUAAUAUUAAUACGGUAUUAAUCAUGUAAAACGGUUUAGUUACGUCUGUUCAUAUGCGUUUAUGAUUUCUUGUGUUUUUUAAUAAAGUUGUCUGUAAGGCUAAUAAAAGAGAUAGCGGACAGCUGAUCCGACUUAACUCAAACCCACUAAAAAUUAUCACACCUGCGACAAAAUAAAAUAAAAUAUUGAUAAUAUUGCCGCUCUAAACAUAUAAUAUUGGGCUCAACCUAAACUUACACCUGUAACGGUAAUUUUCUUGGAAAUGGCGCUGCCGAGAAAUCUUGUGGCAAAGAUAUAUGACAUUAAGGCACACGAUGGCAGAGUCACAAGCCUCGAUUUGGGUGAAACGGGUCGAGUGCUGGUCACUGGAGGCGAAGAUCGGAAUGUCAAUCUAUGGGCGAUUGGCCAAGAUGAAUGCUUUAUGUCUCUGACUGGCCACAAUCGUUCGAUUGAAUGCGUUCGCUUUGCAUAUAAGGAUAAUUUUGUAUAUUCAGCCGAUGAUAUUGGCAUCAUACGGCGCUGGGACUUGAAUGCCCAGAAAAUCUAUUCAACAUUGAAUGGGCACAUGAAGAGUGUGCGAACCUUGGACUUCAAUCCAUCCGGGGAGUACGUAGUAUCGGGCAGUAAUGAUACAACGGUUAGACUAUGGGAUGUUCAAAACGAAAAUAAAUGCAUUAAAGUUUGCAAAGGACACAUAUCACAUGUGAAUUCAGUGAAAUUUUCACCUGAUGGACUUUGGAUCGCUUCCGCUGGCCUGGAAGGAUCAAUAUUAAUAUGGGAUAUACGCAAGAGCAAACAGAUAAUGGAGUUUAUAGCAGAGCCACCCGUUACGGCUAUCACUUGCAUACAAUUCCAUCCAUUUGAGUUUCUGCUUGCAGCGGGCCGAGUGGAUGGCACUGUGUCUAUCUAUGAUUUGGAACAUCAACUGCUUGUCUCCCAAACAACUCAUUUCUAUGGUCAGGCUAUCAGAUGCAUUACAUUUAGCGAGAAUGGCGAGUGUCUGUUUGUGGGCAGCGCUGCCGGAAUAACUGUGAUUGGAUGGGAACCAGACCGUGAAUUAGAUCACAUCAAAGGUAACUGGGUCUCAUUGGAUGACAUGAAAGUGAUCAAAAAUAAGAUUAUCUGUGGCUGCCAUGAAAUUGAUACCGUGUCAAUUAAUACAGUUAGCCUUGAUUGUGUGAUACCGUUCUAUCAGCCGGCAAAUGCUGAGCCCAAUUUCAAGCAUAACUCAACCAAUCGCAAGAGCUUCUCACGCGGUACCCAAAAAUUUAGAAUAUCGAUGGGAGGAGCCAAGCCGGCCAAAGUGGAGGAGGAGCAGGAGGACAAUAAAAGUCAAACUUACGAUGAGCAAUCGUCACCAAAUUUGAGUCUGGAGGUUGUCAAUGAGGCUGCACUGGAACAUAUCGAAUCAUCGUCAAUGUCAUCAUUACACAAUCUGCCUUAUAACUAUGGCAUAGAUAUGGGCUCCAGCCGUGUACUGAACGUGUACCAGCCGAGCUCAUUGCACGUGCCAGACGAUUACAACCUCUACCCAUUGGAUAAGGCUGCAAUUGCAAAUGACGUCGAGUAUAGUCCUAACGACAGCAAUCCGCCAAUACUCAAUAACUAUGAUAACUGUGAGAUGGCCGAAGACUUUCCAGUCAACCAGAACUACACAGCCAGCAACUACAAGACAGUACCUGCAUCAACAAUAAACGCCUCAUCGAAAUCAAUUAAAAAGACAACGACAACAUUGCACAAACGGAGCACUGCGAUGGGCAAUACCAAACAGACUUCGACGUCAAUAUUUGGCAACAACAAGCUGAGCCAGACGUCUUCAGUUAGUUCAAUGGAGCUGCACAAGCUCGACGAUAAUAUGGUACUCAAGAAGUCAACGUCCACAACUGUUGUCAACAAGAACAAGCGAACGAUGAUGGGUUCGCAGAGUCAGUUCUACAAAGAGAAUGCUCAGCAGAAGAAUAUAAGUGUGGAGAUUAUUACGAAGCCACCAAUAAGAUCCCGUACGACCCUCGAUAUGCGUACCCCAGCACAUCAGGCAAAGGUCCAGGAGAAGCCUACUCAUCCGCCAAUGAAUUACCGUCCGGAUUUGAUACCAACCUCGGGCAAGAAUAUGAAUCGUAAUUUCAUUGAUGAGCAAUACGAUUUUGAUAUGCUCUCGAGAUCACACGAAGCUGUGCUCCAGGAAUUGAGCAAUCGCCAAGCUAGUCUCGAUUUGCUACGCAAUUCGACACGUGUUAAUGAUGUUCUAAGUGCACUUAGGUUGGCCAAGUCAGCUGGACGCUCCAUUUUUAUAGAUCUUUUAGGUGCAAUACUGGAGAAGCCGUCUUCAUUGAAUUUGGAUUUUUGUACAUUUGUAUUACCAGAACUGUAUGAACUGUUGCAAAGUCAACACAAAUUUCAUUUCACAAGAGCCUGCGAUACGCUGCGCAUCAUAUUAUCAAACUUCUUGCCAAUGAUCCAAGAAAAUCUGGACUCUUGGGCUGCCAAUGGGCUGGGCGUCGAUGUGACACGCGAGGAUCGCCAGCGAAAGUGUCUAGAAUGCCAAAGAUGGCUGUUGCAAAUCAAAAAUCUGCCGGAAUCGAUACAUUUUGGGUCAACGCUGUCACAGUUACAAAACAUGAUUGUUUUUUAACAAGCAAAAAAAA